GAGGAGAGCAGCGAGGAAGAGGACAACGAAAGCGAUGCAAGGGAGGAGGAGGAAGAGUAUUCGAAUAUGGUGUCCGACGAAUUUGACAGCUCUGCGUCAGAGAGCGAUUCAGAUGAAGACCAAGCCGCUACCGACGCUCCUGCUGUUCCUGAGCCCGAAAAAGAGAAGGAAUAUUACACCGGCAGCAUGCUGAAGCCCCUGCUCGUCAGUCCGUCAGAGAACACGGGCGCAUUCUACGUCACGCGCAUGAAGCUGCCCAUCAUGGAGGCUAUCACGGAGAACCCAGUCAUCACCACACAGGCCGGGUACGGUGACCCGAACUCGCAGAACCCAGGCAUGAUCGGGAUCACACAGCCGCGGCGGGUGGCGGCCGUCAGCAUGGCGCACCGCGUUGCCGAAGAGCUGGGCAACUACGGCAGCACAGUGGCACACCAGGUGCGCUUCGAUACCAAUGUGUCUGACAAGACACGAGUCAAGUUCAUGACCGAGGGAGUGCUUCUGCGCGAGCUGGCCACCGAUUUCCUGCUGACAAAGUACUCGGUGCUGAUUACUGACGAGGCCCACGAGCGGUCGCUCAACACAGACAUCCUGCUGGGCGUGCUGUCGCGAGUCGUUCGCCUGCGGCAGAAGCUGGCCAGCGAGGAUCCGAAGAAGCACCGGCCACUGAAGCUUGUCAUCAUGAGCGCCACGCUGCGCGUCGAUGAUUUCGUCAAGAACACACGGCUGUUCCCAACUCCACCGCCGGUCAUCAAUGUACAAGCCCGCCAGCACCCAGUACGCAUACACUUCAACCGCCGCACGCCUCUGCCAGGCCAGCACGUCAACGAGGCAAUCCGCAAGGUCGCCAAGAUCCACACCCGCCUGCCGGAGGGUGGUAUUCUGGUGUUCUUGACUGGCCAAGCCGAGAUCACAUACGCCUGCAAGCAGCUGCGCGAGAAAUUCCCAACUGCUGAGGAGCGCGCAGCGCGGGAGGAGCGGAAAAUGCGCGAGCACGAGCAGAUGAUGAAGGCUAAGCAUGGCAAAAAGCGCAAGCAUGGCAAGCCGCAUCACGCCAAGAACGAGGACACGCGGCUGGUGGCCAGCGGGCUCGAGGGCGAUGUCGAGGAUGAGGAUGUUGACCUUGGAGAGGAGUUUGAUUUCGCCACUGCGGAUGGUGACCUCAGGGACGACUUUGAGAUUGACUCGGAGGAGGACUCGGAGGAGGAAGACGAGCUCAUCAUGGGCGGUGAAGGCGAGGACGAUGAGGGCCGCAAGCUCUUGCUCAGUGAGAACCUGUUCAAUGCUGCUGCCAAACCUAAGGCCGAGGGAGGGGACGAGCAGAACCAUCCUGAGCCACUGUACGUCCUGCCGCUGUACUCGCUGCUGCCAGCCGACCAGCAGCUCAAGGUAUUUGCGCCUCCCCCCGCUGGCAGCCGCCUGUGCGUGGUAGCGACCAAUGUUGCCGAGACAUCGAUUACAAUUCCGGGAAUCCGGUACGUGGUUGAUGCCGGACUGGCCAAGGAGAAGACGUACGAUGCGCAGACACAGGUGCAGAAUUUCGACGUGCGCUGGACGAGCCAGGCAUCGGCAAACCAGCGCACAGGUCGUGCUGGCCGUACUGGGCCUGGCCACAGCUACCGCCUGUUCUCCAGCGCAGUGUUCAACGACCAGUUCCCCCGGUUCUCUGUACCCGAGAUCAUGCGGAUGCCAAUUGAGGGUGUCGUGCUGCAGAUGAAGGCCAUGAACCUGGACAACGUCGUCAACUUCCCGUUCCCGACGCCGCCUAACAAGUCUGCGCUGACCAAGGCCGAGCGUCUGCUCACAUGGCUCGGUGCUCUCGACGCCAAGGGCCGGGUUACUGAUCUCGGCCGGUUGAUGUCGGUGUUCCCUGUCGCUCCACGGUUCGCCAAGAUGCUGAUCGUCGGCCAGCAGCACGAGUGCCUGCCCUAUAUCAUUGCUAUUGUCGCAGCCUUGUCUGUCGGAGACCCGUUCCUGAAGGAGUUCCAUUUGGACGCCGAUGAGCUCGACAGCGGUGAGGUUCCGGAUGAGGACCAGGCAACUGCCGCAGAGAAUCGUAACCUGACCAACGCAGAAGUUGCGGCCAAGGAGCACCGGCGACUCAAGCGCCGGCAGUACUGGCGCACGCAGUCGAAGCUGUCGGGCUCCGACCCCUCCAGCGAUGUGCUCAAGUGGUUGACCGUGGUCGGUGCCUUUGAGUAUGCUGGCGGCACCAAAGAAGUGUGUGAAGAGUACUACGUCCGGCAAAAGGCCAUGAUUGAAAUCCGCAAGCUGCGCGCCCAGCUAACCAACCUGGUGCAGAUGUACUGCCCAGGCCUGCAGCAAUCGGUGAUCCGCCAAAUCCUGCUGACCGGAUUCAUGGACCACGUCGCCGUGCGCGGUGAUAUCGCCGGCUACCAGGACCCUGACGAGGAGUCAAACAAGAAGAAGCGUGGCAUGCAUGCCGUUCCAUAUGUCACCAUGUGGAGCGAGGAGCCCGUGUUUGUGCAUCCUGAGAGUGUGGUGUACAUGGCAGCGCGCAAUGCCGGGUCCAUGCCACAGGCGAUUGUGUUCUCUGAGCUGCAACGCACUACGCGGCUGUGGGCCAAGAUUGUCACAAUUGUCAGCGCCAAGUGGCUGGCCACUAUCGGCCAGCCGUUGUGCUCGUUCGGCAACCCGCUGCCGUACCCGCUGCCAAAGUACAACGACGCGCGCGACCACAUGACAUGCUACGUCGAGCCGCGCUUCGGACCAAAGUCCUGGCUGCUGCCCAUGGUCAAGGUCGAGGAGAGCCGCCAGGGCACGCGCUGGAGCAUCGAUCGGGUUGUAGGAUAGAUUCUGCUGCAAGUAUUUGAUUAAAUCACAGUCAC